ACUAGAAAAAGAAAAUGCAAGACUGACUUUGAAUUAAUUUUUCUUAAUAGAACCAUUGCAGAACAAUCUCUAGCAUACUUUUGAUGAUGUUAACUUGCUCAUAAGUGACCAUGACAAACAUAAUAAUAUCAUUUGAAAAGCACAAGUGAGGUAAAUUAGGAUCAUUCCUACUGAUUUUAAUUGGUUUCCACGUGUUGUGUUCAAUAUAAGUAUUGAUAAGGUGAGCCAAUCUUUCCAUUUCACACAGAACAAAAAGCACUUUUGAAAAUGCAGCAUGUACAUGUACAUUACAUACCUGAAUACCUGAUAAUCCAGCGAAAUCAGCUUGACUUGUAUUUACCAAAAAAUAGCAAUGGUCCAAAACCAGUUGUCGCAUUUAUUACUGGUGGAGCCUGGAUUAUUGGCUACAAAGCAUGGGGUUCUCUUCUAGGAAAACAGUUAUCAGAGAGAGAUAUCAUUGUGGCAUGCAUUGAUUACAGAAAUUUUCCUCAGGGAACCAUGAGCGAUAUGCUAGCCGAUGCUUCCGAAGGAAUCUCAUUUGUGUGCAAUCACAUUGCAGAAUAUGGUGGUGACCCUAGCAGAAUUUACCUAAUGGGGCAAUCAGCUGGGGCGCAUAUUGCCGCAUGUGCGAUUGUGGAGCAGGCAAUCAAAGAGGCCGCCAAAGAAGAGGGUAUUUCCUGGAGUCUUUCUCGGAUUAAGGCUUAUUUUGGAUUGUCCGGCGGGUAUAAUGUGUUUAAUCUGGUAGAUCAUUUCCAUAACAGAGGUCUUUAUCGAUCCAUAUUUUUAAGCAUAAUGGAAGGAGAGGAAGGCCUACGACGCUUUUCACCAGAAGUAAUGGUUCAAGAUCCAAACAUGGCAAAUGCUGUUUCUCUGCUACCUCCUAUUGUUCUUUUUCAUGGCACUGGAGAUUAUUCGAUACCAUCAGAUGCCAGUACAUCAUUUGCUGAAACUCUUAAAAAACUUGGAGUCAAAGCUGAAGCAAUUCUCUAUGAAGGGAAGACUCAUACAGAUGUGUUUCUUCAGGAUCCGAUGAGAGGUGGCACGGAUGCUAUGUUCGAAGAUCUAGUCAGCUACAUUCAUGCUAACGAUCCUGAUGCGCGCGCCAAAGAUGCCUUGGCUCCUCCAAGGAGACGCCUCGUACCCGAAUUCAUGUUGAAAUUGGCUCAUAUUGUUAGUCCUUUCUAGCUAGCAAACAUUCAUUCGUUUAGUUUGUGUUUUCAUUUUUUAUUUUUAUUUCUAAUGUUUCCUGUUUUCAGGAUUUUGUGAAGGAAAAAAAAUGAUUGUUUUCUGUUUUCACCUCUUGUUUUCUCUUUUUUCUUCACAAAAUUCUAAAAGCAGAAAAUAUUAAAAAUAAAAAUAGAAAACGAAAACGCAAGCCGAAUGCACAACUUCCAUAGUUGAUUUUGUUCUCCCUUCUUUUGUAAAUAACCAUUGUUAUGACAACCUAGGUUGUUUCUCAAUUAGAUAGGAUUAGCUCCCUAUUGGUUUCAAGAUUAUUGAAACCCCCAAAUAUGAAAUAGUUGAGGGAAGAUUUCUAUAAUUCUAUCUUGUAUCUUUAAUCCAAACCAUAGUUAUCAUUUUGAGGAUUUAAUAUUUUGUUUCACUAA